AUGCCAUCUCCUUUGGCUAUUGAGGGGUUGACUGCAACAGAUAUCUCACAAAAGAUCGAACUACUGAUCCACAAUCUGGUCAACAUCAAAGAUGAGACAGGGCAUUUCUUGUUGAAACUGCCCGACGGACGGAUUAUUGACACCAAAGGUUGGCAUGAUUGGGAAUGGACUCAUGGAAUUGGCUUAUAUGGCCUGUAUCAAUAUCAUGCGUUGACAUCCUCUCCAGUGGCACUCAGCACCAUGCAAGACUGGUUUUCGAGGAGGUUGGCUGAAGGCACCACCAAAAAUAUCAACACCAUGGCAGCCUUUCUCUCUCUCGCAUAUCUAUAUGAAGAGACGAGAGAACGAAGCUAUCUGCCUUGGUUGGAGUCUUGGGCGGAGUGGGCGAUGCACGAUUUGCCUCGAACAACUUUUGGGGGGAUGCAGCAUAUAACGUAUCUUGAAGAGAACCACAAUCAACUCUGGGAUGACACGCUUAUGAUGACCGUUAUGCCUCUGGCAAAGAUUGGGAGACUACUCAAUCGCCCCAGCUACGUGGAAGAAGCCAAGCGGCAGUUUCUUCUACAUAUUCAGUACCUUUACGACCCUCAGACCGGGCUCUUCUUUCACGGUUGGCAAUUUACCGAUGACGGUGAUGCUCAAUUGGGCCAUAAUUUUGCGCGAGCGAGAUGGGCUCGGGGCAAUAGCUGGGUGACGAUUGCAAUUCCGGAUUUCAUCGAGCUCCUGGACUUGCCUUCGGAUGACGGCCUAAGACUGUACCUGGUCGGUGUGUUGCAGGCACAAUGUAGAGCUCUGCGGGCCUUACAAACCAAAGAGGGCAUGUGGCGGACUUUACUCGACGUGUCAGAAGAGGAGGGGAGUUACCAGGAAGCAUCGGCCACUGCGGGAUUCGCCUAUGGUCUUCUGAAGUCGAUACGGAGACGGUACAUCUCAAAGGAAUACCUGGACGUUGCAACGAGAGCAAUCAAGGCCGUGAUUCAACGAAUCAGCGAAGACGGCGAAUUGUCGGAUGUCAGCUUUGGCACGGGGAUGGGCAAGGAUCUCAAGCAUUAUCUGGACAUUGAGAGGACCACCAAAUACCCAGGGCCGCUACUGUGGAGAGCGUCCCGUCUCCCGGCUUCCUGGCGCCAGGCUCGCGGCGAUCUGUACAAGAGCAUCGACGCCAUCCACACAGAAUACGGACCGGUGGUUCGGAUCGCGCCCGAUGAGCUUUCAUUCACAAACCCAGAAGGCUGGGCCCAGAUCUACAACAGUCGACCUCAGCUGCAGAAAACGCGUUUCCACUUCCCGUCGGCCGAGACGCGCAAGGUGCCCGAGAGCAUGAUCAUGGCCAGCGACGCGGACCACAAUCGGCUCCGGCGCCUCGCCAACCCUGCCUUCACGACCACGGGGGUUCUAGAAGUCGAGCCCGUGAUGCAACACUACGUCGACCUGCUCUGUGCACAACUGACCGAGGCCUGCCACGAGGGUUCGCAGAACAUGGUCGAGUGGUUCCUCUGGACGCUCAACGACGUGAUCGGCCAGCUGGCCCUGGACCAGGAGUUUGACUGUCUCAAGAAGCGCCGCAUGCACCCCUGGCCGAGCUUCCUCUUGCAGGGUCUCAAGAAAGCCACCAUCUUCAACCAAUUCCGCCGCUUUGGGAUCACCGAGCGCAUGCUGAUGCCGCUGAUGACGGCGAAGCAGUUGCACGAGAGGAACAACUUCUUCGACGCGGCCAAUUCGGCGGUGAAGCAGCGACUCGAUCGUGAGGACGACGAGGAUGGGGACGACGAGCGCGGCAAGGAAAAGGAGAAGAAGAAGAAGAGACCCGACAUCGUGGGCCUGAUGCUGCGCGAGAUGAAGGACGGCAACCGCCUCACCCACGACGAGGUCGUCUCAAACUCGGUGCUCAUCGUCGGUGGUGGCGCCGAGACGACGAGCACCUGCCUGAGCGCGACCUUUUACCACCUUUGCAAGACGCCCCGCGUCAUGAAGAAGCUCCAGGACGAGAUUCGCCGAACCUUCACGGCCAGCGGGGACAUCACCGUCCGUGCGACCUCCAACCUGCCCUAUCUCAGGGCGACCGUCGACGAGGCCCUGAGGAUCUUCCCCGUCGCCAGCUACAUCACGCCGCGAACCACGCCCAAGGGAGGCCACCUGAUCGCCGGCGAGUUUGUGCCGGAAGGGACCUACGUCUCAAUGGGCCAGUGGCACAUGGGCCGGUCCGGCCGACUGUUCGACAACCCCAAGGAAUUCCGACCAGAGAGAUGGCUCGAGGAGCUCGGCGACAAAGGGCCCUCGGGGCUACAGGCCGACGAGAUCCUGAAGCCCUUCAGCCUGGGUCCUCGAAAUUGCAUUGGCAAACAGGUGGCUCUCACCGAAGCACGCCUCGUCAUUGCAAAGUUGCUGUGGCACUUCAACAUGGAACUUGACGGGGAUCAUCCUACCUGGGUGGAAGAUGCGAGGUUCUAUGUUCUGUGGGAACUCCAGCCGCUGAAGGUCAGGUUGACGCCGGUUGAGCGUUGCAUGUAG